AUGUUCCGAGCCACCAUGGAUCAUGGGCGGCCAUCUUUAAGCCAGGAAGCUCACGAAUCCGGAGCAGACUCAGACGACAGUGAGGCUCCAGACAGAGAAACAACCACUUAUCCAGGUACACAAGAACCCUUAACCAAAACUGACCUUCACCAGAUGUUGCUGGCCGCCUCAGCGGACAUCAAGGCACACACGGCCGCAGAACUGGAGCGGCACAUAUCAGGCCUCAAAGGAGAAAUCGAGACCCUGAACAACCGCACAUCACAAGCGGAAACUGCCAUAACACAAAUUAAAGCGACCACGACCCAGCACAGCCAAGAUAUCUUCUACCUAAGCGAUAAAGUUCAAUUUCUAGAAGAUAGCCUAGAAAACCAAACGAUAACUCAGGCCUGUAUGCCCUGA